CACACGAUGACUUGUACUUGGCUCACACAGCAACUUCAGAAGCGCAGCGGCGCUACCCACCAUCUGCUUAUAACUAACCGCUUUUUGAUGCUUUAGCUCUCUUCCCACACAACCACUAACACAUAUUUUGAACCAUGAGCAACCCUCCACGAGGCAGAGGCGGUAAUCGCGGUGGUCCUCCCGGUGGCUCUCGAGGGGGUGGUGGCGGGUUUGGUGGAGGAAGAGGCUCUGGUACGAGGGGCGGGUAUGGCGGUGGUCCCAGAGGAGGAGGCCCAGGAGAAUUGAUCUUCCGGGGCCCUACGUCUAAACUUGCCUUCAACCCCAAACGCCCCCACCGGCCUGGCUACGGCACUCUCGGCCGCCAAAUCACAUUACGAGCCAAUUUCUUUCCCAUUAAGCUUCCAACAGGACCUAUUUACGACUACCACGUCGAGAUUACGCCGUCCACAGACAUUAAGCGUAUUCGUGCGCGUCUUUUUCAGCUCCUAGAACAAAGCAAUCAACAAGGCUGGAGAGAGUUUGUGCCGUUUACCGCUCAUGACAGCAGCGAGAGACUUGUUUCUUUCAAGAAGCUGCCUCAGCCCCUUGACGUGCAUGUCCAGUAUUACGAGGAAGGAGAAGCUGGUCCCAACGCCAAGUCAAAGAUGUAUACUUUCGGAAUUACCCUCACAGGCAACAUGGAUGUUGCACAGCUCACAAAGUAUCUCAGCGGCGACAUUGCGUCACGGGACUACGACGCCCAACCGCUAAUAGCUGCUAUAAAUCUCGUGCUUCAAACGCACGCAUCACGUACCGGCGUUCGUCGCUUUGAGCUAGCGCUUGGCGUGGAGGCCUGGAAAGGCUUCUUCACGUCCGCCAGACCCGUGUAUAAGGAACUCAUGGUGAACGUCGGUGUCUGUAUGACCGCUUUCUACAAGCCAGGCAACCUUGCCGACGCCAUCAUUGAGUUCAACCGGUCAUCCAAUGGCGCUAUGCUUCAACGGUUUACGCAGAAGCUCAAGGUGACCACGAGUCAUCUAGGGUACAAACAAAAGAAACCGAUUAAGAAGAUCAUGCCUACGACUGCUAGGCAGACAACUUUUAACUGCGAAGAGUACAAUGGCAAGAUAUCUGUCGAAGAUUAUUUCAAGAGAAAAUACCCCCGCAUCAAGCUGAAGCACGCACACGAUGUUCCAGUCGUUGACAUCUCAGGCCCAAAUUCGAAAUUCUCGAUAUACGUACCAGCCGAACUAUGUGAAAUAGAGCCUGGGCAACCGUUCAGAGGUCGUCUCAACGAGAAAGAAACUUCAAACAUGAUUCGGUUCGCCUGCAACCCGCCCAAAGUCAACGCAGAUGCCAUCAUUGACCGUGGCCUUCCUACUCUUGGGUUUACGCCUCAGACGCUGGGUAGCCCUAUGAGCAACUUCGGCAUGGCAGUGGACAACAACAUGGCGGUCGUCCCUGCACGUGAACUUCCCCCGCCUCGCCUCAGCUACAAAGCAGGGAAGCCUCCCAACGUCAGCAACGGCAGUUGGAAUAUUCUUGACGUUAAAUUCCACCUUGGCGGAACAAUCAAGAGCUGGUGGGUGCUUGUCAUCAAAGAUGGACAAACCGUGUUCAACGGGCCCACCGAUCCAGCUUUGGAAGGGAUCUGGAAGGGCUUUGGUGAGAAAUGCCGCAAUAGCGGCAUGUCACUGGGGUCAUCGCCCUCUUUGUUGAAUCAAGAACUCAUCCCUCCCUCCCGUGACCCAUCAAGGCAGCAGGCGCUGGAUUUAAUUCGUCAGAACAUCAAACGACAAAUUUCCCAGAAAGGAAAACCGACCUUCAUCCUCGUCAUCCUAUCUCGCCGGGACAACUACAUUUACCCAGGAAUAAAGCGGAUUUGUGACGUCGAGUUAGGCGAUAAGGUUCUGCGGGACCGCAAUAAACAAGAUCAAUACUUCUCGAAUGUCGCUCUCAAAUUGAACACAAAACUCGGGGGUAUCAAUCAUAUGCUGGAUUCGGAGAGUAUGAAAUGGUGGACAAAGGCCAAGACGAUGGUUGUGGGCAUGGACGUCACGCACCCUGGCCCUGGUAGUAUUGAGGGCACGCCAUCAAUUGCUGCUGUUGUCGCGAGCGCAGAUAAUUCUUUCGUCCAAUUCCCAGCAAGUCUCAGAUGCCAGGAGACUAAAAAAGAGAUGAUUACAGACCUGACUGCGAUGAUGAUAGAGCGCCUUGUGUUCUACGAAAAGAAGAAUCGAAGCCUGCCGGACCGAGUAUUUGUUUAUAGGGAUGGUGUGUCUGAAGGCCAAUUCAAUACUGUGCUGGACGAAGAGCUUCCGAAGAUGUUGGAGGCAUUUAAGAGAGUCCCCCAAACGAAGGUGUAUCGCCCAGCGUUGACGAUCAUCAUUUGUGGAAAACGCCACCAUGCCAAGUUCUGGCCGACCGAGUCCCAGUUCGCCGAUCGGAACGGUAACACUCGUCCAGGAACUGUCGUCGAUCGAGGCGUUACUGCAGUAUUUGAUUUUGACUUUUAUCUUCAAGCUCAUGCUGGCUUGCAAGGCCACGUGAAGGCCACUCACUAUACAGUGGUGUAUGACGAAAACCACCUUGGCGCAGAUGAGGUGCAGCAGGGUACACACACUGCGAGUUACCUAUACGCUCGUGCCACCAAGGCCGUGAGCCUCGUCCCAGCCGCAUACUACGCCGACUUGGCUUGUGAAAGAGGGAGAUGUUACUUAAACGACUUCUUGAGUGCCGAUGACAAGGUAUCGAGUUCUGUCGCAACAGGCAAAGGGAAGGGGAAAGGAAAGGCGGACAAGGAGGAAGAGAAGAUGCGUGUGUUUAUGGCGGCGAAGACAGCAUGGGGAGAAGGUGUGCAUCCUGACUUGCGGGGGAGCAUGUUUUAUAUCUGAUGUGGGCUACUGAGAGUCGUACCAGUACUGUAGGUAAUCGUGUAGUGCGGAUAUGAUAUGUGAGGUGGAUGUAAUCACCGAUACAUGUU